AAACCACUGUUUAAUAUGGCUCUGUUUAUGCUGACACAAAGUCUGCUCUCAAUGUUCAGAAGACAUGGUUGACUCCGGAGUGAUGUGUGGUUAAAUACCUUAUGUUUAAAAGUGUUUUUCCAAUCGAAAUUGCAUUUUAGAUUUCUGUGUUUCCUAUUCUUCAAACACAUCUUUAAAAAUUUGUAUGGAAGUGUGUAAUGGUUCCUUCAAGUAGGCUACAUUUAGGAGUAGGCCUACACCAGAGUAAUGUUAGAAUAUGUUUGUCGUCUAAAUGAGGUCCACACAUUUUUAUGCAUAUCCAUUAGCCAACAAUUUCACCAUGGUAUUAUAGAUAAUUGGAACUCUACUGUUGAGGAAGCUUUCAUCCUCUUAUUUUUUUCAGUGACUGGUGGAAAAUAUUUUAUUGUAAACUCUCGUGAACUCCUCACAUGCACGUGCACGUCACUGGACAGUCUCGCGUGGGUGGUGUGUAUGGAGCACACAUUAUGUGUCCCGGUCGCAUGCAGUUCAACUUUUCUGGCUUCUCUCUUCAUUUAAAUGUACAAAGGAGACACAUUAAAUACAGUUGGUUAUGGCACUGCCGGCAAGACCACAUGUUUUCUUGGGAAUUUUUGCAGUUAUCCAGAUUAAAUUUACCUUACAGGAAUUGCCAUCCAUUGGGGUCUCCUGUUUUACCUUCGGAGGGCUCUCCAAGCAAGAGAGCGCUGGUGUAAACCUCAAGCUCUACAAUAAAAGAUGGAGAAGAUGGACGCUCUCAUCCAAACCAGUGGAUGAGAUCAGUCAGAACCAGGAUCUGGAACGUUAUGAAGAAAAGCACGGCAAACUGGAUUCAGAGCGCUUUCCAGAAGUUGAGAGUCAUCAUAACUUAUCCAUUAAGAGAGAUGUGGACCAUAUUUACUACACAUCCAAAUUCUAUGGGCCCACAGAUAGUCCAGACAAAGAUUUGUGGGUAAAUAUUGAGCAAAUGGACAAGGGAAGAGUUCAUGGUAUUCUUUCCAACACACAUCGGCAAACUUUGAAAGUGAAUCUAUCCUUCGAUUUUCCUUUCUAUGGACAUUCUUUGAGGGAAAUACAUGUAGCUACAGGGGGUUUCAUCUACACUGGAGAUGUAAUUCACCAAAUGGUGACUGCUACUCAGUACAUCGCUCCUCUCAUGGCUAAUUUUGACCUGAGCAUCUCACAGAAUUCUACAGUCAUUUACUGUGAUAAUGGCACAGCUCUUGUUGUGCAGUGGGACCAUGUGUAUCUCCACGACGCAUCUCAUCUCGGCAGUUUUACCUUCCAAGCUGCUUUAUACAAGGAUGGCAGAAUCACUUUUGCAUAUAAAGAGGUUCCCGUUGACAUUAACAAAAUCAGCUCCGUGAAUCAUCCGGUGAAAGUCGGGCUCUCUGAUGCAUUUGUGAUUCUUCAUAAGAUUGAACAGCUUCCCAGUAAGUACUGUAACUCUUCUUAGAAGGGAAAAUAAUACUGCUCUUUUUUAAAUUAAUUCUGCCUUCACCAGUGUUAUUUUAGUAUUUAUGGUUAUAAUUUUUU